AUGACACAGGACCAGCGAUUGGCCGAAGUGAUUCUUGACGAUGGCCCCGUAUUGCCGGACGCACCAUUCCACCGACGUGGUGGUGCCAAGCUGACGACUUCACAGUUUGUGGAGGACCUAAGACAAACAAUCGACGGACUGGAGCUGAACACGGUCGACGUAAAUAAAUUGGACAAACGGGCGCUCGAGGGGCUGGUGGAGGUCUGGAAGCGGCGGAACGAGAAAAGCGACGCCGGAUUCCAGUCUCUCCUCCUCGUGCUCGAAUAUUGCCUGUGCAACGUUGUCGAGGGUCAUCAGCACUUUGAGGAUUUAGUGUCGGCCCUCGGUUUUCAUACAGUAAAUUUCUGGAAAAUCGUGGUGCCUCAUAUUUAUGACUCGGAUCUGUCGCGAGGCACCAAAUUCCGAGAUGCUCUUCUCUUCUCCUUGACCCUAUAUGACGUUAAUACUGGCCGGAGUCGAUUAAAAGAACUUUACGCAGCGGUGCCCGGGAUUCGAAAAUCGCUCCUUGCCAGUGAAGAUGAUGAAAAUUCGACGAGUUUCCAGACGGGCGGCCUGGCCGUUACCCAUUUUCAUCAAAGAGUAAUCAACGUCUCAAACGCCCCGCCGUUUUCGAUCAAAAAGGAGAAGAGCGGCCAAUGGGAGAUUAAGCAGGGCUCCGGCGGCUUGGUCGCCUGUGUGGAUCCAGUGAUGUCAAAAGAUCACGAGAAUGUGUGGCUGGCCAAUCUGGGAAUGAACGUCUCGAAGAAGACGCCUUCGGUGAAAGGCCUGGGAGAAGAGGGACCGUUUUUGGUACCGGCCACAAAUACGCUUGGGAUUCCUUUGAUAAAGCAGACGAUUGGGGAGGUGCUUUUCCAUGUUAUUGCCGACGACGACAAGCCGGACAAAAACAAGACGCAGGAGCAGCGGAAGACUAGGCAAAACUUGCUGAAUCCAGUGGUCGUACAGGAAGAGGACUACAACGUUUACUACGGCGGCAUUUCCAAUGGAUUACUAUGGCCGGUACUGCAUAACCUCCCCGAAUACAUUGUCAAUGAGUACGAAGAUGAACAGGUUCUCCGGGACCAUUGGUGCUCCUACGUGCGCGUCAACUACCAAUUUGCGAUAGAUGCGGUCAGGAAUAGCCGAGCGCAGGACUUCAUCUGGAUCCACGACUACCAUCUGAUGCUCACUGGGCUGAUUAUGCAAGGCAUGGACUCGACGCUUGAGGUCGGAUUCUUCCUCCACAUCCCCUUCCAACCGCCAGAGGAAUUUUUCACAAAAUAUGGGACCGUUGGGCUGCCGAUCAUCCGGGGUUUGCUGAGGUUUACGAAGGUCGGCUUCCAAACGCAUCGGGACCGCUCAAAAUUCGUCGAAGUUGUCGAAAAGUAUCUACGCGGAGCCUACGUCGAGUACGACAAAGCGACGGACAUCUUUACCGCUGUCCACGAGGGCUGGAGCUGCUCCCUGGGCGUGUUUCCGGUUUCCAUAAAAAACGAGGACUUUUUGAAGUUUGCGAACCUGCCUGAGACCGAGAAGCUGAGGUUGAAGUUUAGGGAAAAGAUUCUUGGUAAAAGUCCAAGUGAGGACGGGCGGUUCUUCUUUUCGGUGGAAAGAUUCGAUUACACGAAGGGGAUCAAGGAGAAGCUGGUGGCCUAUGAGAGAUAUUUUGAGAAGUACCCGGAUCGGGUGGGAAAGGAUGUGCUAUGGCAGAUCGCGGUCACAAACCGUCGAUCCGUCGAUACUUAUCGCGUCUACCAGGAUGAAUGCCUUGACAUGGCCGACAAGAUUAAUCAACGAUUUUCCGAUCCGUCGAACCCUGCGUGGAAACCGUUGAUAUUCGAGACGGAUGGGCUUCCGCGAGAGCAGCUCGUCGCCGCCUACUUGGCGAUGGACAUUGGCAUUGUUACGCCGAAGAAGGACGGGAUGAAUUUGGUGGCCAAAGAAAUGUUGGUCGUCAACCCGAACGCUGGAAUCAUUCUCUCGUCCGGCGCCGGUUCUGAAGUUCAAUUCACGACAGCUGGUCUGUACGAUGAGCACGGCGAGAAGACGUACAAGCGGGUUGCUGACCCCUACGAUGUUGAGCGAUACGCCGACGCCUUCUACGCGGCGGCCAUCGAGUCCAAGGAGGAACGCGCUCAACAUGGGGCUAGAUUGUCGGAAUUCGUAAAAGCCAACGACAUUGAGAGGUGGAGCACGGCAUUCCUGGACCCGAGUUGGACGCAUCAGGUCAUUCGCCCAAUUCACGUGGAAACCCUCGACGAUUUCUACUCGCUAAUGAUGCGAACCAGGAACAUUAGACGUCAAAUCGUGGAGCGGGUGCUGAAGGGGAUUCCGAUAAAGCCGCAUUUCGGAAUAUCGCUGAGGAAUGCUAAGGAUUCGUUGGAGCAGAGUUGCAUUCCGAAUACGAAGACAUUGUUGCUGAAAUCUUCUCCGGACUCACCAGAGAUGGCCAAAUUCGGGAUCGAGGACGAGGUGUGGGAGUUCGAGAAGGAUCUCUCGUUCAUCAGCCACCUACAAAGCGAUGACGUUGAUAACGUGGAGCGAUUUGUAGAUACCCUCGUCGCCCAGCAUCCAAUCUCGACCGAAGCCUUCAAAGAGGAAGUCAACCGAGCCGUCGAACUGCUCUACGACGCUGAUCAUUUCCAGUACUUUUUCACCGAUCGUGAUGGGACGUUGAAGAGCUACUCCUGCUCGUAUCCAGCUUCUAUACAACCGGCUUAUUCCGGAGUGAUUCAGUCUCAAUUCGCAAGAAGAUGUGCUCAGACUUGCGCGAUUUUGACCACCGCUCCACUGUUCCACAUCGGUAUCCUGGACGUAUCGACAAUACCGGAAGGAUAUUACUACUACGGGGCGUCCGCGGGCCGAGAGUGGUUUAUCGACCCGGGCAACAAGUUCAAGGACAACUCCAUCCCGGCUGCACAUCUGGAAAUGUUGGAUCGGGUAUUCGAUGGUAUCUCCUCCCUACUCGAUAAGCCCGAGUUCAAGCCGUUCACCUGGGUGGGCUCCGGGUUGCAAAAACAUUGCGGCCACAUCACCAUCGCCCUGCAGGACAUCUACAAGUCGGUGAACCCGAACUUGUCGCAAAAGUUGGCGUCGAGUGUGAAAACCAUCGUGCAAGCCGUCGACCCGGAGGCGACAACCUUAUUUAUUAACCAGGCUGAGCUGGAUUUGAAGAUUUGUCUCAGGGACAAUGAAGAUGGGCGGACGUUCAAUAAGGGCGAUGGUGUUCGGCUGCUUUGCACGACGAUGAAAUGUGAUUUGAAGGAAGGCAAUAUUCUCGUCUGCGGCGACUCCGACACGGACUUACCAAUGCUCGAGCACUGCCUGGAAAAUGCGCCCUCGGAGCAUGUGUACACGAUUUGGGUUACGGUAUCGGAAACGUUGAAGCAAAAGGUAUCCUCUCUCUGCGAUCGAUACGGCAAUCGGAAUGUCGCGUUUGUGUCCUGUCCAGAAGUUCUCCUCGGCGCCAUGGCCCAGGCAACAAUUCUAGAGAUCCAGGUGGCCCACCCAAGGAAAUUCUCUCAAAUU